AGGGCUGUUUUCACAAUACCAGUGAUUUUUAAUCAUGCUGGGGGCUUCUCUUUGGAAGUAUUUAAAUCGCAUGAGCAUUGAACAGCUUUGGGUGCUUCUGAUUUUGUGUUGAAUGCAGUCUUUAGUCUAGCAACUCGGAUAAUGUUGGAAUAUGAAAGGCCAUUACCCCCUUAAGGGAUCUAUCCCUGCAUUAGUGCAUUCAUCGAGUUAAAGAUAACAAGACACUCAUGAUAUAUUUGUUUGAGAAAGAUUUUUUUCCAGUCAGUGUCACUGGUUAUGGUGUAAUAUGCACUGCGCACAUGGAAGAUGUAUGGUGUUUGUUCCUGAGACUCCACUGUAUUGUAGAGUGCCAUUAAUGUGCAGUAAUGCAUGGUCAGACUCCCCAGGGCAGAUAGAGCCGCUUCCUCUCUACCUCUACGUCAUCCUGCUCAUCCCAUGAAACCUCAGGCAGGAUUCUUGUGUGCUCUGUAAACACACCAGCUUCCAUCACAGGGUAGGAGUUCUCCACAAGUCUCGACUAUCAGCCCAAGGUGAUCCAUUUAGCUUGUUUUGGAUUUUAAUGCCAGACUUGAUCUGUGCACAGCAAAAAAUGGAUCAUUAGGAGCAACAGGAAUUGGGGUACAGAGAAACAAAAUACUGCCUCAUUAUAAUAGUGUCACAGGGAGGAGGAGGGAUGGAUCAGACAAACAUCCUAGAAAUGAAGCCCUUUUCCCUGGAGACGGAUGACCGAAGUGCUGAGGAGAGGUCACAGUGCAAAGUGAAAACAAAAGGCUGGCCCUUCAAGGGCGGCAGAGUGGAGAAGAUCCCCAUGGAUACAGGUUACCUGGAGGAAGUGGUCACACCCAAAAUUCGGUUCAAUUUGAACUUUGACAGGAAAAUAAGGGGAUGUGAAGAAAUAAGAGAUCAGGAAAAUGCACAGAGAUUUGGCAUCAACAGCCUAUUUGCAGCAGUGUCAAGCAGGGACAUCAGCAAGCUGCGAGGGCUGCAUGAGUACUUGCAGCACACAAUGAAACACCUGACGAAUUCUGAAUAUGAGUCACAUGGCAAAAAUGCCCUUAUUAAAGGGCUCCUAAAUCUAAAAAAUGGCAAAAAUGACACCAUAGAGUUUCUUCUUGACAUUGCGGAGAAAAUGGGAGACUUGAAUGAAUUUGUCAAUGCAGCAUACACAGACACCUACUACAAAGGGCAAACUGCACUUCAUGUUGCCAUAGAGAGAAGGAGUGAGUUCUUCACCAAGCUGCUGGUGCAAAAAGGAGCUGAUGUUCAUGCCAAAGCCUGUGGGAAAUUCUUCCAGGCACAUGAUGGACCCAAUUUCUACUUUGGUGAGCUGCCACUAUCAUUGGCGGCCUGUACCAAUCAGCCGGCCAUUGUUGAUUUUCUCAUCGAUAAUCCAUACCAGAAGGUGGACAUCAUGAAGACGGAUUCCCAGGGCAACACAGUGCUACAUGCUCUGGUCCUGGUCGCAGACAAAGAGAACACUGAGUUUAUCGUAAGGAUGUAUGAUCAUAUCCUCACUAUAUCAGCAAUGCUUCACCCAGAGACCAAGCUAGAGGACACUGAGAACCAUCAAAAGUUGACGCCACUCAAACUGGUGGCCAAGACAGGCAAAAUCAAGCUGUUUCAGCACAUGAUACGCCGCAGGUUUGAUGAUAAGCACAGUGUCCACCUAUCCCGCAAGUUCGUAGAAUGGGCAUAUGGUCCAGUCCAGUCAUCCCUCUAUGAUUUGACCUCAUUGGACUCCUUCGAGGCCAACUCUGUCCUGGAUAUCAUUGUCUACGGAAGUUUGAUUCCAAAUCGCCUGGAGAUGCUUCAGCUGGAGCCUCUCUGCAGGUUGCUUAAUGACAAAUGGGAAAAGUUCGCUCGAUGGCUAUUUCUCUUCAAAUUCCUCAUCUACCUUGUUUACUUAGGGGUCUUCACCACAGUUGCUUAUAACACGAGGAUGAAGCUGCAGUCAUCAUUUUCCAAGGAAAAUACUGAUAUGGAUUAUGUCUACCUCACUGGCCAAGUGACCUGUUGCAUUGGAGCUCUUUAUUUCUUUUUUAAAGGGUUAUCAGAACUGAAGAGAAAGCGCCCGAAUCUGCAGACUCUGCUGGUGGAUGGGUACAGCGAGAUACUUUUUUUCGUACAGGCCAUCCUCUUCAUCAUCUCGGCAGUCCUGUACUGCUGUAAAAGGCAGGAAUACUUGGGCUUCCUGGUGAUCUGUCUUGCCCUCAGCUGGAUCAAUCUGCUCUACUUCUCCCGAGGUUCCAGACAUAUUGGGAUCUACACAGUCAUCAUGCAGAAGAUGAUCCUCAGUGACGUUUUGCGCUUUCUGUUUGUCUACAUUGUCUACCUUUUUGGAUUUUCAGCAGCUGUGGUGACGCUGCUGGAUGAGCCCCCACCACCUAAACCUCGCCGCAAUAGCACAUCAAGGUCCCUUUUUACCUCAAUAAAUGGAUCUGCUGACUGUAAGAAACCCACCUUUAAAAGCCUCUCUUUCACCACUCUGGAGCUCUUCAAAUUUACCAUAGGAAUGGGUGACUUGGAGUUCACCGAGAACUACAAGUACAAAGAGGUUUUCUACGUGCUGCUCAUCUCCUACAUUGUUUUUACCUACAUCCUGCUGCUCAACAUGCUCAUUGCCCUGAUGAACAGGACUGUGGAGAAGCUCUCUGAAGAGAGCUUAAACAUCUGGAAGCUUCAGAGAGCAAUCACCAUCCUGGACCUGGAGAGGACUUUACCCUCCUGUCUGAGGAAAAGACUGCGUUCUGGGAUGGAGAAAGACCUGGGCAGGAAGCCUGAGACAGACAAGCGUUGGUGCUUCAGUGUGGAAGAAAUCAACUGGAACAAAUGGGAUAGUGACCUCGGCAUCAUAAACGAAGAACCUGGGAGCUGUCAGAAAAUAAUGCAUUUCCCACCAAACAAAGACAUGCAACUCAAUUAAAUGGAUGGGGGGAGGGCAGGGGUCAGACUUCAAUCACUUUGAUAGAUCCAUUUGGACCAGAUCUGUAUCAUUUGGUAGAUUUCUGUAAAAACUGUAAAGAGUCACUGCAUUAACUUUAAUGUUAUUGGCAGUUACUGAAAGCAGAUGGAGAAAGUCCAUUUAGGUGAUAUAUUGAGUAGCAGUGAUUGUUGUGCAGUUACAAAGUCUUUGGUCCAUUUUGAAAUGAGUGUCUCAUUCAAGAAAUGGCACCUAGAAAAAAAAUUUUUAUAUGAGAAACACAAAAUGCUCCGUUUCCUCCACUCCAGUACAUCUCAAAGCCACUGACUGACUUGCCGUGUUUCCAGUCAAAUGGCCCUGAAUGGUCCGUCACAGGCUGCAGCAGCUUGCAGUCAUUAGAUAUGUCUGACUGACAAAAGUGGACCUAUUAAGACAACAUAAGAGACGCUGGUGAAAACCCCAGUGUCACACUAAGAAAGUAACCAGUGUCAAAGGAAAGAUGCACGAUGGCCUCAUCUGCCAACCCAAAACACAUUAUUCUAUUAAUCAAAACACAUUAGUCACAUUAUUCUUUACAUUAUCAGUCGAUGGUGGCACACUUCAAAAAGUCCUUGGGGUGUGUGAAUUUCUAUUACUUAGUUAUUCAAAUCUAUAACAUAUUUUAAUAAUCGAGUUUAAUAAUACAGAAAUAAUGUUUCAAGUUGUGCUUAGUAUGUAUGAUGACAACCUUAAGUAUCCUAAAAACCUGAAUUUAUAGUUCAUUUAAAUAACAGCUUGUGUAAAACAUUUUCCACUUUGUAUCUACAGUAUAUGUGCUGUACAUUGUUUCAGGUAUGUGCAUGCAUUUCUAUAGUCGCUAUGGACAACUGAACUGUGAUGAUGAAGAUUUUCUCUAUAUUCAGAAUUUCAGCCAAACAUGAUGCACAGAUCAGCCAAAUCACUGGUUCUCAAGUGGUUUAGCCUCAAGACUCAUAUUAAGUCUUGUGUCACAAUCCAGUUACAAUCAUGUCACGACCCACAUUUGUAAUCCUUUGAACCAAAUUUAUUUUACAAAAAAUCUUAGUGAUAUUAAAUAAAACAUAGAGCAGUAGCACAAUGCCUUCAUACACUUAAAAAAGAAGUUUGACAAUAGAAAAAAAAUUCAAAAUGAUAUCAGUAUACACUUACUAACAGUGUGAGUGUGAAAGAUCCAGUUCAAAUGCUCAGUGGAUGAGCACUAAAUUCUUCAUUGUUUUGCGUGCAGUUUUCAUUGUAUUAUUGCAGAUGGCUCAUCAUCUUUUUCUCAUCAGGAAAUGUCAUUCUCACUAAAAACUCAGCCAAGAAUAAAUGUGUUAAUUCUGCUUGCAGCAUGGUCUUAUAAGUUCUUCUAGCGUAUUUCAGUUGUAUUACUGAUAAUGAUUACUACACAGGAUUUGAACGUGACGUUCUGAUCACCAGCCCUCAUUUUUUUCUCAAUUUUUUUGUUAUUUCUUAAUAUGUCUAAAAUGGCCUUUAACCUUCAAUGUUCAAGUUUUUGUGCAGAUUGAUUUGCAGAAACUGUAGAUCAGAGCACAUCUGGAACUUGAUCAUCUACACCCAAAUAAAUUAUGAAAGAUGUUCCACAA